CUGUCACCGCACCGUUCUGCAUGCUGCAGCGAAGUGUACUUGUAGCAGCUCGCUCCGAGUACUGAGCUGUCAAAAAUUCCUACCAUCAUGGCUACUUCUACAGGAAUGUGCUGCCGCUUGUUUGAGAGACACAACAGUUUCAGAAAUAUCCAGAAACUCUUCGUUCGGUCCGUGAAUGGAAGCGUCCGGCGGAUGUACUCCAGUGCUACGCACAAGGAAAAUGAAACAAUUGAACUCGGAGACUCCACUUUGACUGCUCCCAACUUCACUGCAGCUCAGAAAACCAGCUCUAGACUGGACAGGCUGAAAGAUGACAACGUCCUGCCAUUUUCAGCGUUUUUAACUGACAGCUUUGGCCGCAGACAUAACUACCUGCGCAUCUCCCUGACUGAGAAAUGCAACCUCCGCUGUCAGUACUGCAUGCCAGAGGAGGGAGUGAAGCUCACGCCACGAGGCCAGCUGCUUUCCACCUCUGAGGUGCUGACCCUGGCUCGGCUUUUUGUGCGAGAGGGCGUGGAGAAAAUCCGUCUGACUGGUGGGGAGCCCCUCAUCAGACCCGAUGUACUGGAAAUCAUCGCUGAACUAAAGAAGCUGGAGGGCCUGAAAACUGUCGCAGUAACAACCAACGGUAUUAACUUAUCCAGGCUUUUGCCAAACCUGAAAGAAGCUGGUCUGGACCUGAUUAACAUCAGCCUGGACUCCCUGGUUCCGGCCAAGUUUGAGUUCAUUGUCCGGAGAAAGGGGUUCCACAAAGUCAUGGAGGGCAUUAAUAAGGCUGUUGAAUUAGGCUACAGUCCUGUGAAGAUCAACUGUGUCGUGAUUCGAGGCCUCAACGAGGACGAACUCUUAGACUUUGUGUCGCUGACAGAGACGAAACCCUUGGAGGUGCGCUUCAUUGAAUACAUGCCCUUCGAUGGCAAUAAGUGGAACUUUAAGAAGAUGGUGAGUUACCAGGAGAUGUUGGACCGGAUCAGGCAGCAGUGGCCCAAACUGGAACGGCUUCAGGGUGGAUCUGCAGAUACUGCAAAGAUGUUUAAAGUUCCAGGUUUCAGUGGUCAGCUGGGUUUCAUCACAUCCAUGUCGGAGAAUUUCUGCGGCUCUUGCAACCGUUUACGCAUCACGGCAGAUGGAAACCUCAAGGUCUGUUUGUUCGGGAACUCUGAAGUCUCCCUCAGGGAUGUUUUGCGCUCUGGAGCGUCUGAUGAGGAGCUGCUGCAGAUUAUUGGAGCUGCUGUGGGGAGGAAGAAGCAACAACAUGCAGGCAUGUUCAGCAUCUCCCAGAUGAAGAACAGACCUAUGAUCCUCAUUGACCCAUCCAAGACAUUUCUUUCAAAACUACAAAACAGACAGAAGGCUUCAUCCAUCGUCCUUAAGAAUGAGACAUCCUUUUAUCCAACUACAGCUCCUCAUGCGCCCUGUUCAGGCAGCUGGCGAGUCCUGAACAGAGAGGAGCUUCUGUGCCUUCCAGACUGCACAACCUCAACACACGCAGUUCUGACUCGUUGCUUUAAAACCUCCAGAAGUGGUAGCGCUCAAGUUAAAAUGCAUAUCAGCAAAGAAAAGUGCCACAAUGUAGCUCCCCUUCAGUCGUCAGAGCUUGGUAAUAGUCUAAUCCUCGCCAGCUGCAACACUAAGACUGGAAGUUUUAUGACUCGCACAAAUAUGAGCGUCACUAAUGGAAACUUUCUCAGGUACGCACAAACWUUAGGCCCCAAUAAUGUGAAAAGCCACUUUCUCAGGACCCUAGGUUCUUUAUGCACACUACCAGUAAAUGCCAAAAUGAAUCCUAAUUAUCACAAUGUUAGGGUGUUUCACAAUCACAGCUCCAGCAAAGACUUCAAACCGUCUGUGAGCGAUCAACCUGCGUCAGCCUCCGACACUCACUGCGACACCCAGCUGACGCACACAGACGCCCAGGGCCGAGCCACCAUGGUGGACGUCGGGGGGAAACCUCCCACACGUCGAACAGCCUCAGCCCGUGCCACCRUCAUCUUAGGCUCCGUGGCGUUCCGCUUGCUCCGGGAAAACCAGCUGGCUAAAGGCGACGCUCUGACCGUGGCACAGCUGGCCGGCAUCAUGGCUUCAAAGCAGACRUCCGCUCUCAUCCCGCUCUGCCACCCGCUGCCCUUAGACCACGCUUCUGUCACUUUCCAGCUCGACGAGCUGCGCAACGCCGUUCUCGUCACCGCGACCUGCCGCACCGUAGGYAGGACGGGGGUGGAGAUGGAGGCGCUCACGGCGGCCUCCGUCGCAGCGCUCRCUGUUUACGACAUGUGCAAGGCUGUGAGCCACGACAUCACCAUCACGGAUGUAAAACUGGUCAGUAAGACAGGCGGGAAGAGAGACUUCCACCGUCACCCAGUGCAGGAAAAGCUGAGUGAAUAAUGACCUGUGAGCAACAUGACACAGUUGGCACUGAUAUCCAUGGACUUUUCAUGGUUAGUUUCUCCAGUUCAUACAAGAUGAUUGACUUAUGACUCUGCUUUCUAAAUGCUUGUUAAAUGUAGGUUUGUGUUUUAARCAAGGUUUAUUUUUCUUAAUUUAUGAACUCAGACACACUUUARCAUCCGCUCUGCAGAAACAACUUUGACCAAUCCUGAGAUUUUAGAACUUAAAAUACCUGAUUUAGAAUCUAUCCCUCUUAUAAUUGUCAACUCCACUAAUAAUUGAUUGGUUCAUAACGUGAAUCAUGUUAAAGUUUUUAUUCAUUGCUUUGACCCGUUUGAAGAAACUGGGAACCUCUCAGUCUUCAUCACCAUCUCAGCAGAGCACAGGACACCUCUUGCAAAUGUGUUAACCCAUUCUCAUUGGAUUGACACAGUUUUCCACCCUUUUGCAAAACAGUUAAUGCAGAUGUCAUUCAAGAAGUCCAAACUCCUUCGUUUUAGCUGUGGUUACAGAACAGAAACCAUCUGCUCCAAGCUCUUAGAAACUCCCUGAUCAGUAUGAAACACCAAAAGCACCUGUUUGACACUUCUUCACAGAAUUUUUCAAUUUGCAAUCAGUCUGCAGGCCUGUGUUCUCUUAUACUCUUAUAGUAAAUGCCUACUGCAGAUUUUUGCUCUUUACUGUAAAAGACUGUUUUUAUUUACUUCAUUUCUCACACAGUAAAUGAUUUUAUUUUUAUUUCCAUGUAUUCUCUGUUGUUUGUCAGGCACAGUCUAAAAAAAUGUAAUMAAAAAAAAUUGCAUCAAAGCAUAUCUGCUUCUGGAUGCAUUUUUGGCAAGAGGGCAAAUUUGACUACAAACAGCACUGAUUCACACGAGGGCUGUGUUUUGUAUUUUGUUGCCCAUWGUGUAAUGAUUGAUUGGAGGUGYUCAUACAUUGUGUCAAAGUUGAGUUUUUUGAAGGCAAAAUUUGCUUUUGUUCCAUAUUUUAAAUGUUUUGGCACAAUUAGUGCCUUUUGCAAACAAAAUGUGUCAUUUUGACCACUGUGGCACUGUUGAGACCUCUGCCCUAACUGUUUUGAAAAUGUGGAUUUUGAGUUGACGGCUGCGUCAAACCAAUCAAUAAAAACUGUUUCUGAAGGAUUUUCAUGCUUCCUGUAGGUUUUUUUAAAAUGCAAAUUUAACAUCUGUGUCAUACAGGCCUCUAGGUGGCAGACAAGUUUUAAAMCUCCAUGCCUCUGUAUUGUUUAUUGCAGCUCUAAAUGAACAGCUGUAGUGCUGUUUACAUGCUGAAUGUGAAGAAAAAAAGUCUCUCCUGACUGUCUUUAAUGUGCAUUCUUGUAAAUGACCUCACCAUGAAUGUGUUUGCAUUUUUUUACUAAUAAAUUCAUUUAUAAGCAAUGUAA